CAUCAGCUGCGCAUUACAGUUGAAGCCACGGAGGCGCGCGCUGCCAUAGCAUGGUGUUGAAAGCACGCGCUGCAGCCAAUCGAAAUGCAGCGCAGUUCCGCGAAACCGGUCGGGCAGAUGCAACCCCUGCCGCCGCGGGCGCUGAAAUACAAAGCAAUUCUUGGAAUUUGAUUCCUAGUAUUUCCGUCAACCCUCGAAUCUGACUUUACAAGAGAAACAUUUUCUCACCGUAUUUCUGUACAACAGAAUUGAGAACAGUGUCUUGCGAACGGAUCACUGCGAUGGACUGCAGCCACCCACGGUUGAAAGUGGCACAUUGUGGAUUGUGUACGUUGUCAACAUGAGUUAAGAUUUGUUCUUUUUGACGGAAAAGAACACUGAAGUCUGUUGAGUUAAUAAAAUCAGUGAUCGUCUACAAAUAAAGAAUCACAGGAUUUUUUUGGACAGUUGUCUUCAGGCCAAUAUUUUAUGAUUUUGUGUGUUCAAAGGCUCUGUUGCCAGGGCCACUUUCGGAUAUGGUUGCCAGGACGAUGAGCAGCAUGCAGCAGGAUCACAGCGAAACACGGAGGUUGUUUUGCCAGAACCCAACAGGCCUCAUCCACAACCCCGCAGAGGACCUACGCUGCAUCACCACCACCUUCCAUUACCUGCAUAACUCAGGCUGGUAUUGGGGGCCCAUUUCAGCCAGUGAGGCCCGGGACGCUCUCCAGAAUUUGUCCGUGGGAACCUUCCUGGUACGCGACAGCAGCCACCCGCUCUAUAUGUUGACCCUGUCGGUGAAGACGGCGUGUGGCCCCACAAACGUACGUAUCGAGUACAGCGGGGGUCGCUUCCGCCUGGACUCCAGCUCCCCAGGCCCCCCUCGCUUGCUGUCCUUCCCCGAUGUCUGCAGCCUGGUGCAACACUACGUGGGAUCCGGGCAGACACAACAGGGCAAACGAGCAGAAUUGGAGGACACCCAUCAACCUAAAGCCAAACCGAGCUCACCUCAGGAUGCACCAAAGGACAAUGCUGUACUGCUUAAGUUGAUGCGCCCCCUGUCCCUGCCUCAGGCCUUCCCCUCUCUUCAGCACCUCACGCGCCUCACCAUCAACUGCCAAACUGACUUUCCGGAACUGCUGCCCCUGCCACGGCCUCUAUUGUGCUACCUGCAGGACUACCCGUUCAAGAUAUGACAGCCCUCUUGCAGCCAUGCCUGGCAUAACGGGGAUACCCGUCAGAACCAGCGACAACCCAAUGUGGGUCAGAUACAUUUUUAUAGCCAUUUAUAUACUGUUUAUUUUAAUAUUUUUUUCAUUUUUUUAUAAAAAUGAUGUUACAUGUAUUAUUUUUCUGUUGUUGUAAAUAAAUGAAC